AUGUUGAUAAUAUUUCCAAAUGCAUGUUAUAUAAACUUUGUCCGGUUGUAUAUUAGCCCAAUCUUCAUCCUCCUCAAGAAACCGUAUUGUAUUCGAACGUUGAAUGCCGUGAAACAAUUAUGGGUUGCGAAGUUACAUCGGUCAACAACAACAAUAGCAACAACGAGAAAGACAACGACAACAACAACAACAAAAAAGACGAGGACACUGCCGCCACAUUCAGUACGUGUUACUGCGCCAGAAACUGUUAAAGCAAUGGGUUUCACGGGUAUGACAGACGGUGUGGCCAUGUUGACACGUGCCAAAGAAAAUUUAAUCUUCACCAUGAGCGCACUCUCGGAAGUACAACGAAUUAAGCUCUCUCAAUCUAAACGAGAAUUCAUCCAAAUGUGUUCAUUCAAUGAGAAAGAAUGCGAUAUUGAUGCUGAUUUCAAACUGCACGUUGAUCCGGAAUUCGGGAAUUGUUAUACAUUUAAUUGGAAUGUAAGUAAUAAUCGUUCAAGUAGUAAAGCUGGCCCAAUGUAUGGUUAG